ACCUCGAACGCCUCACAGCCAAAGCGCAAACAAGUUGUGAAGCCACAGGAGAGAGAAGUGAAAGUGAGUACGGUGAGCUCGAGCGCAGAAAAGAGGAUACGGAUAAAAGAAAACAGAGAAAUAUCUCUCUGUCUUAAUUUGUGACAUUAGUCCGGAUAGAGCAGCGGAGCCUGGGUGUUUCUCUUACUGCAAAGUCGAGUCGACUCUCCCCUUUUAAAUGCGGACUCUGACAGUUUCGACGCAAACAGCACGAGACAACAUGGACUCGGAGAACGGGAAGAGCCACCUGCAGAAGACCCAGGAGGAAGUGGAGGAGGUGAAAGUCAUCAUGCUGCAAAACAUGAACAAAGCUGAAGAAAGAUCUGGCAAACUCAAUGAGCUUGAAGACAGGGCUAAACUGCUGCUGGAAGAGAGUAAAAAGUUUGAAAAGACAUCCACCCAGGUGAAGACACAGAAAAGAUGGGCGAACAAGAAGAUGAAAGUGGUGCUUAUUGCAGUUGCGGUGGUCGCAGGACUCAUCAUUCUGAGUCUUAUAAUCGUUGCUAUUGUUCAAAGCACCAAAGGAAGUGACUAAAGGUAAAGCACCUGGGAAGAGGAGAGGAACUGUAACUGUGGAACUCCAGCAUCUUGCCUGAACUGUUCUCUAUGACAUAUUUAUGGUGGAUAAUUCCUGUUCUUCAAUCUACUGCACGCCUUAAGUUGAUAUGGUACCGUGGGUUGCUCAGCUGCUUUUUCUCUCUCCUUUUUAAAAGACUCCCUUCUUUAAAAGGUGAUGUUUUCAAAACACCGAACAGCCCACACCAAGAGAUUAUAGGUGGAUUUAAAGUCUUAUAAGUUCACUGGAUGGAUAUCAACAGAAUGAAACUGGUCCACUGUCCUCCCAGUGAAAUCUCACUGCCAUGAAUAUUUAUUCAAAUGGUAUCUACAUACUAAGUAGAUACCAUUUGUGUUUUGCCCCCUUUCUUUUUUUAAGGAAAACUGCAAGUAUUUUUAAUCAAAUAUCACCAGGCUCCUGCUGCGGUGCCCAUUCAUCUCUCAGAGAUGAUCAAGAGAUGAAAGAAAACAGAACAGAUGCCAAACGUUUAUAAAUAUGUAUCCGCCUCAGAUAGCUCCACGUGGGAAAGGAGAAAUAAAUGUCUAAAUGUGAUAAGUUUAGGUGUAAAACUUACUGUCCUCACAAUCAUUAAAAUGUUUUUGUGUUUGUUA